GUGUGUGUUACAUCAUUAUAGGGCUCUAAGCCACAGAUAAGGUUUACAGAUAGAGAGGAGGAGGGAGGGAGGGACAAGGUGGGGUUACUUUUACUUAAAGUGUAUGUGAUUGUCACUGCCCUUUCACUCACUUGCUCACACUCAGGGACUCAAUUAGGCUUGUACAUAGGCUACUCAUUUUCUCUGCACACAGAAGCAACAGGGUAAUGAUGACCCAAACCCUCCAGAAUGGCUUCAGUCUGGAGAACCGCUACCUCCAGGAUCUGAAGGGGCCUCUAUUUGUCCCUCUGCCUGCUCAGGGUGCUCAGAUCCUGGGUGUACGCCGGGGGUCAGGCCCUGUGGAGCCCCAUAAGGACCAAGAGAUCCAGAGGCAUUGGUCUGGCACCGUACCUGCUCAGGGUGAUUCUCUCCUGGGCUCAUGUCGUGGGCAGACCCCUGCUCCUAUAGACGUCCAGAUGUGCCAGUCUAUCCAGCCAUGCCAUGCCGAUCACCAAGGAGACCUGAGUGCUGGGCAGCUACUCAAAUGGAUGGACACCAUCGCAUGCCUCGCUGGUCAGUGUGUGUGUGUGUGUGUGUGUGUGUGUGUGUGUGUCUGUGGUGCCUUGCAAAAAAGAUAGACGAGUAGACCUAAAGUGCAUGGAGAGUCUGAAGUUUCAGACAGUUUUUGGUCUGCUAUUCCCAUCUUUAGCUAAAUACAUGUAUCAGGUGGAGAGUUUUUUUCUCUGGUGUAAAUGCUGAGUAAAUGUGAAUGUGUAAGAAGACAGAGCCCGGGAACAGUGUUAGAGGACAAACAUACAGGAAUAGAAGCGGAAAAGACGUCAGGGGUAGUGUCUGCCACCUCACACACACACACCGACUCCAUUACACAAAGGGGUGUGUGACAGAGCUGACCUUAAGUGGCCAUCACUGGACAGACAGGGUAACAGCAGUGCACUGACCCCUCACCUACUAGCAUUCUCCUAGAGGUGUGUGUGUGUAUGUCUAUGCACAUUAACACAUAAAGAGAUUUGUGUUAUCCCCCAUGGAGGAUGUUAAUGAUUGUCAUGUCGCUGUAAUCGUGGUACUGCCCCAGUUGGAGAGAUUAAAUAUAGAUAAAUAUAUAGAUAAACAGUGUGUGUAUGUGUUUGUCCCUUAGCUGAACGUCAUGCUGGGAUGGCGUGUGUGACACUCUCCAUGGACGACAUCCAGUUUGAGGAGACUGGCAGGUACGCAUCAAUCAAUCAAUCAAUACAUCAAUCAAUCAAAUUCAUAUAUAAUGUUUUAAAUAUUUAGAAUGUUGUUUGCAGGGUUGGUCAGGUGAUCACCAUCAAGUCCAAAGUCAAUAGAGCGUUCACCACUAGCAUGGAGGUAAGACUACACACACAUACGCAUUUACACAUGCAUGCCUGUACACAAUGUUUAUUUUACAUUUUUAGGUACAAUAUAAAAAUUGUGUUUGUGUGUAUGUAGGUGGGAAUCCGUGUGUCGGUGCAGGAUGUGAGGGAACGUGUGGAGAGGUUGGUGUGUGUGGCCUACUCCACCUUUGUUGGAAAGCCAGCGGGACCACAGAAGGUGGUGUUGCAGCCAGUGGAAAAUCUGUGUUCUGCAGAGGAGCAGCUGCAGCAUUCUCUGGCCACAGAGAGACGAAGACUCCGCCUCUACAACGAACAGACGUUCAGUUCCCUGCUACAAGACUACCACGCACUAGCCAACGGUCAGUCUCUCUGUCUCUCUAACCCUCUCUCUCUUAUCUCAUUCUCACUCUCAUCUUGUGUGUGUGUGUGUGUGUGUGUGUGUGUGUGUGUGUGUCAGCCUAGGAUUAUGUGUCCUAAUCUGUAGCUUUACUUGAUUUAUCUUGUCCUGAAAGGAUCUUUGUCAUAUUGAGACUCAUGUUCAAGGGGAAAUUAUAAACAAAUAAAUACAUUUUUUGCUGAUAUAGAGGAGGGAUCGAGAGAGUCUGUUUGGUACAGGUCUCUGGCGUGUAAUGCUCUUUGUCAGAUGCACAUGAUGAGGCAACUUACAUCUCUGUCUGAGGGCUAUAGCUGAGUUGGUGAUUAGAUGUACUAGAUGUGUAAUUGCAUAUUUUUUGAAUCCCCAUGUCUGUACCUGUUCCUCCCCAGGAAACGGUUCUGCCCCAGGUGUGUGUAGCAGGAGAGACCAGUUGUCUGCCGUGUCCACAGAGUUAACGCGUGCAGAGAGCAUCGAGCUGGUCCUGCCUCCACAUGCUAAUCACCAUGGCAACACCUUUGGAGGACAGAUCAUGGCUUGGAUGGAGAAUGCAGCCACAGUGGCAGCCAGGUACCCUCUAUCUAGAACCUAAAAGGGUCCUAUGGCUGUCCCCCUUUCUACAGAGGGUGCUACAUGAAACCCAAAAGGGUUCUAGGGAAAGGGGUAUACCUAGUCAGUUGUACAAUUGAAUGCAUUCAACUGAAAUGUGUCUUCUGCAUUUAACCCAACCCCUCUGAAUCAGAGAGGUGCGGGGGGCUGCCUUAAUCGACAUCAUCGGCGCCUUGCUCAGAGGCAGAAUGACAGAUCUUUACCUUGUCAGCUCGGGGAUUCGAUCAACAACCUUUUGGUUACUGGCCCAACGCUCCUACCCGCCAGGCUACCUGGAAACAAAAAGGGUUAUUCUAUGGUAGGGGGAGGCAACCCUGUUCCUGGAGUGCCGCAGGUACUGCAGGAUUUUGUUCCAACUAGGCACCACACCUGACCAACUGAGCUAAUUGAUCAGUUCAGUGAUUGCCUAAAUUCAACACACCUGGUCUUCCAGGUUGGUUAAAUCAAAAACACUGCGGCACUCCAGGACCACCCCUGUCCUAUGGGGACAGCCGAAGAACCCUUUUGGAACCCUUUUUUCUAAGAGUGUAGGUACACACACCCUACUAACCCUCUCUCUGUCUCUCUCUUCAGUCGUCUGUGUGGCUGCUUCCCCUCUCUGAGGUCUGUAGACAUGUUCCGCUUCAGAGGUCCCUCCUCUGUAGGAGACAGACUGGUCUUUAAGGCUGUGGUCAACAACACAUUUAACAACAGGUAACAUGUCUAGUCAUAUGAAUUCCCUUUCAGAUAAUGGAAUCCUAUGGAAAUGUUAUUAGCACAGUAUUUAAAAUGUGUGUGUGCCUGUGUGUGUAGUAUCGAGGUAGGUGUCCGAGUGGAGGCCUACAACUGUGAGGAGUGGACCGCGAACAAACCGCGUCACAUCAACAGUGCCUUCCUCAUAUACCAGCUGGCUAACACACCUGGAGACGCACCUGCCUUCCCCCAAGUCACAUACACCAGCCAGGACGGGGAGAGGAGAUACAUGUCUGCCAUCGUAAGGAAGAGAAUACGUAUGGCUGGAAAGCACAUCCUGUCCUGUAAGGAGGAGGCUCCUAUCUCUGUCCCCUGGGAUAAAAGCAACCAGGUACUACAACCAUGUAAUGGACAUGACACUAUGAGCACUCAUCAUUCUAGCUAAGCUAGCCUUGUACCUGACUGUUUUUGCAUUCAACCACAUUGCUGCCUUGCCAGAUGACAAGUUGGCUAAAGCUGAGAUACACUUUUAGUUCAUUGUUAUUAUUUCCCCACUGACUGUCUGCUAGUGAUGCGCGGGUCAGCUAUUUGUUUACCCGCAGCCACUCGCUAUUGCUAAUAACCCAUCUGCAACCGCCCGACUAUAUGUGUUGAAGUGAAAAUCUGAGACCCGCACCCUACCCUAACCAGCAAAUAUAGAAAAUGUGCUGUGCAGUUCCCUUUUAUGACUUGCCAUAUUUGAAGUCCCCGUCUCCUGACAGACAAAUUUGUAUAGCGCCUCACAAUCAUCACACAGCUAUCAUCCUCUUUUACCAGUUCACCACAUCUUUCUGAAACAUUGCUUUUCUGGCCCUCCUUUAUCUUUAUUUUCAACUCUCUAUUUUGCGGCUUUUCUCUUAUUGAAUUAAACUCCGACAUUGUCCUUUUUGCCUAGGUGAAUCGACGUUAAUGUUUUCUGGCCAAGUUCCCAAAAGCAUUUGGUGAUUGGUGUGUAGGCCUAUUUGGCCCAAAGUAGGCCGUAAAGCUUAGACUUAUGCGCUAAUGGACAGAUUUUAAAAAAAUGAGAAGAAAAAACUCAAUAUAGCCUAUAGAUAUGAAAAACACAAGAACUAUGGAUUUUAAUAUUCAUUGUUUUCUCUUUAUACAACCCCGCCCGCCCUUCAUCCACACAAUAUUUCAUGACCCUAAACCCACCCGCCCCACGGAUAGAACCACAGGGACUGUGGGUUAUGAGUCAACCCACACAUCACUACUGUCUGUCUCCUAUCGUCCCCUGCAGGUGUAUCUGGGCUAUAACAAUGUAGCAGCUCUGACUGUACUGGCUGGGAAACAAGACUGGGAAGCCAGCAGCAUCUGUGACAGGGUGAGAAACACACACAAAUGCAUGAAUGGAGACAUUAUAUGGCAAUUUUGUAAAGGAGAUUCUCUGUCUUUUUUUGCUUUUAGUUUCCUUACCCUGUUUUGUGUUUGUGUCCCCAGAUCUGUGUGUAUGUCCAUGAGGAGGAGCUGCUUUGUGUCCAAGUUCAGAUGGAGGUCAUGACCUCUGCCCUCCAUGCCUUCACCCUAUUGGCUGACCUCACACUGCGACCUCUUUGGGACACACACUACCUGUAAGUCACCUGUAAAUUCAAUACCAUUCCAUUCCAGCCAUUACUAUGAGCCCGUCCUCCCCAAUUAAGGUGCCACCAGCCACAUUAUGUAUGAGUGACAGAGCUUUAUGUUCAUUAAACUAACUUAACCUUUAACCUUUCACACCCCCUUCUCCCUGUAGGAGCUGCGAGGAGGUAGAGAGGGCCGAUGAGGAGGAGACGGUGUACCACAUUAAAUGCCCCCCCAUCAAUGGAGGCAAGAGCCGAGACUUUGUGUUCCUAUUGUCAAAGAGACAACCCUGCAAAGAUGGGUAAGGUUUCCUUCAGAACACACGUCAAACUCAUUCCACGGAGGGCGAAGUGUCUGUGGGUUUUCACUCCACCCUUGUACUUGAUCGAUGAAUUAAGGUCACUAAUUAGUAAGGAACUGGUUUUCUAGGUCUUAAUUGAAAGGAAAAACCAAAGACCCACAGACAUUCGGCCCUCCGUGGAAUGAGUUCGACACGACCGCUUUAGAAGAAUGUGUGUGUUCCUGUUCUAUAGUGGAGAUUUCUGUGAUCUUUCUGAUUUCUGUUAACCAUAUGUGUGUGUUUUGUCUUCUACAGGGACCCCUAUGUGGUGGCCCUGAGGUCUGUAACCGUGAAAACAGUUCCCCCUGUGGAGGGUUUCCUCCGUAGCGAGGCCAAGUGUGCCGGGUUCCUUAUCCACAGCCUGGGACUCAACAGCUGCAGGGUGAGGCUUACACACAAACACUGCAGAGGCCAUUAAUACGCACAGUAUAACUUUUUAGCUUUCAUUGUCUUCAUUAGCCCUCACAAUUCAUAUAAAAUGUGUUAACCAUGUGUACAUGUGUUCCAGGUGUGUUACUACAACCAGGUGACGUCAGGUGUGUUGCCGUAUGUAGCAGGUAACCUGGCAGGCUGGUCUAAGUCUAUGGAGGAGACAGCUAGUGCAUGUACCACCUUCCUUGAGAGAGAUCUCAUCACUAGCGUCUUC